UUGCCAGCACAUCUCACUCCUGAUUUGCAGCCACCCUUGACGUGCCAGUCCCGUCUCUCCCCUAGUUCUGCCAAUAGUUAAAUUGUUGGUAUAUCCAGCUUGAGUGUUUCUAUAUGUACCAGUGAAGAGGUUGGUAUAUUUUAGGGGCCUUGUAGAUAUGAGAGGGGAUGUGAGUGUACAUGAGGUUGACUUGAGUGUAUAUUUAUGUGUGUGUGAGAUAUCUGAGUGUCCCUUUGUGAACAGGUGGUGGGAGCAAGUUCUUUCUAUGUGACUAAAUAUGUGGCUGUAGGUGCAUGCAUAUAGACACAAAUGCAAAUGUGUGUGGGGGUAUAUUAGUGGAUAUGUCAAGGUGACUGAGGGAGGUACGUGAGUCGGUAGGAGUAGGUGAGUGGGUACUGUAUGUAGGAGUGAGUUGAUAGUGUGAAUGGAUAAUGGGGGCACGUGUGUGAAUAUGUGGGGAGCAGUUGGGAAGAGAGGCUGCAGAGUGGAUUAGGUGAGAGGAUUGUCUGAAGUCACUUCUGUCAUUGAACAGUCUCCUACUAUUGAUCUGGAACUUGCCCCGUUCACUCUAACCCUUGGCACUGCCCGCGCUUCCCUUAUCAACACUGAUAAACCAAGCUGCAACCUUCCUUCCUCUCUCUGCCCUGCUGACAGCUGCCACAUUCGGGGGGUCCUCUCCACAAGGGACCUUGGAGCUGCUCUGGACGUACUGCUGGGGACACAUACAAUCACCUUUUGUACUGAGACGGCAACAGUGGCAGAAGAGAAGGUGACACGUGUUGCUAGUUUAGUUUUCACCUGCAAACUCCAGCUGCUGCGUUGCCCUUGUUUUUUAACAUUGAAUCUCUAAAGCCAGGGGGAUUUUCUGCUGCGCUGCUUGGGACUUCUCCAUCAUUCUUGUUUUGGGCAAGGGGAUCGCUCUGCUGUAUUAACUCUUCUCUACCUACCCCCUUUGGAAAUUUGUAUCAGCCUGGAGAAGAUGUUACGCCGACUGCAGACUCUGCUCCAAAGGAAGUUUAAAAUUUUGCUCUUCUUUCUCCUCCUGCUGGCUCUCCUGAUGCACAUGGCAUUGGACUUAGUUCUCCCAGCUACUCCCAGCUCCUGCCGCUGUUCCUCAAAAGCAGCGAACCCCUUGGGCCUCCCACCACCUACCCCAGUAGUUUCAGUCCAAAAAAAGUUGAGCCUGAGGAUCCUUCAGGAUUUCAGCAGCAGCAACAGCUCGGUGGAGAAAGGCUCCCGCUUACUAGAAGGGAGGCCGCCAACAGGCAGUGGACCCAAGAUGGUUCUCAGAGACCGGGACUUUAAGCACCAGUGGGCAGGUGUGAAACUGGCACGGGCAGGACGAUCAAAGCUGGCAGCACUCUUUGAGCAUCCCCUCUAUAAGAUGCCAAUCCCAGAGCUAAUGGAGAAAGACAAGCUCUUCACUGUCAAUCCCAAAGAGAAGUUUACACUGAAAAGCAGUGGGAGUGAUGAAUGGAUCAGCAGCAGUAAGGCAGAGAUGGUGCUUCCAACCGGGAAGACUCCAUAUGAUACCUACCCCACAUGGCUCAAAUUCCACAUUGGCAUCAAUCGCUAUGAGCUGUAUCCCCGCCAGGACCCCAUCACUCCCACUCUGCUGGAGGAACUGGCUACGCAGAAAAUCAUCGGCUCAGUCCAGAAACCUGGAGGGACCCAGCUGAAGUUGAUCAUGUCGUUCCCAAAUUAUGGGGAGGCACUCUUCAAACCUAUGAAGCAGACUCGGGACCAGGAGACCCCAGCAGAUUUCUUUUACUUCUCGGACUUUGAACGACACAAUGCAGAAAUAGCAGCCUUUCAUCUGGACAGGAUCCUGGAUUUCCGGAGAAUUCCCCCAGUGGCUGGCCGGUUAGUGAAUAUAACCAAGGAGGUUCGUGAUAUCACAACUGACAAGAAACUGGCUAAAACCUUCUUCAUUUCCCCAGCCAACAAUGUCUGCUUCUUCGGCGAAUGCUCCUACUAUUGCUCCACGGAGCAUGCCUUGUGUGGCAAACCCGACCAGCUCGAGGGCUCCAUGGCAGCUCUUCUGCCUGACAAGGAGCUAGCCAAACGCCACUCCUGGCGCAGCCCUUGGAGACGCUCAUACCACAAGAGCAAGAAGGCAGACUGGGAGCUGAAUCAGAAUUAUUGCACUGAGGUGAGAAAGACACCGCCUUACGACAGCGGCUCCCGCCUGCUCGACCUCAUAGACAUGACUGUGCUUGACUUCCUGAUGGGUAAUAUGGACCGACACCACUAUGAGACCUUUGAGAAGUUUGGGAACAACACCUUCCUGCUUCAUCUGGACAACGGCCGAGGAUUUGGGAGACAUUCUCACGAUGAAAUGUCCAUCCUGGCCCCUCUCCAGCAGUGCUGCAGUAUCAAGAAAUCGACAUUCUUGCGCUUGCAGCUGCUUGCUACGGAGCCGUACCGCCUCAGUGACAUCAUGCGGGAGUCGAUGGAUUCAGACCAUCUCUCGCCAGUCCUAUCAGAGCCUCACCUGGAGGCUCUGGACCGGCGGCUCCAGCGAGUACUGGAGGUGCUGCGGGUGUGCAUGGCGAAGGGAGGCCAGGAGGAGGUGCUGGUGGAUGACAUGGGAAAGCUGCAACAAGGGAUGUGGCAGCAUCAAGAGAGUAGGAGCAAACGAGCGUGAUGGGAAGAGCAGACAGCCCUUCCCACCAUGACCCCUGAGGCUACCUCUGCAAUCUGGACUCUUGCUGAAUAAGAAUCAGCACUGGUGCAGCCACGGCUGGGUGCCCGUGUUGGGACCUUAGUCCCUGGAUUUAUUCUUGGUGGGAAGACAGUUCAGAGGGGGAAGUGAGUGGGGCAAAGAGAAACAAGUGGGAGAUCUGGCUGUAAUCAAGGGGGAACCCUCCAAAGUGAGCCCAGGGGAGAGAGGACAGGCUGGGGAGAGAAGUGGGUUUCAGACUCCAGUAAACAUUCAGCAGCUGCAGAGUCCUGGAGCCAGCAGGGCUGGUCUGCCCUAGAGACUUGCAUUGGCAUAGCUGCACUGCUGUAGCACUUCUGGGAAAGAUGCUCUGAGAGGUGGUAGCUAUGCCAGCUGGAGAAGCUCUCCUGCUGACACAGUGCUGUCUACACAGUGGGUUAGGUCAGUGAAAUUAUGUCGCUCAAGAGGGUAGGUUUUUCACACUCCUGAGUAACACAGUUAAACCAAAGUAGGUGGGUCAGGUAGGCCUAGGUUUGGAUAAGGCUGAGGAGCAGGGACUACUUAGGGAGAAAGGUUGCUCUUCUGGAGAAGAUGCUUCUGGGGACUCAGGAGAUCUGGGUUCAUUUUUUGGCUCUGCCAUCACCUCUGUGACCUUGAGUAAGUCACCCAUCUUUGUGCCUCUGCUCCCAUUCUGUAAAAGGGGGAUAAAUAAUCACGCCUUUCUCUCA